AUGAAUGCAGUCCGGGCCCAGGUCUACAACCUGAUUGACCAGGUACAACAAGUACCGACACAGCUGUUGCUGGCCGUUGCUUGUUUCUCCGUCCUCGCCUUUGCCAUCCUGUUGUAUCUCGGUCUGUUCAUCGUCGCUCCUGUUCCUCGCCCACCGCACGAGUCUGAGAAGAAAUACACAACUAUCCUGCCCGACGGAUCUAUUAGCGACCUCAAAACACAACCGUGUUGGUAUGACCAUCACGUAUCUCUCAAGGUCCAGGCUCGCAGUGGAAAAAUUGCUACGAGCGACGCUUUUAAGCCUACCCAACCCGAGGUCCUGGUCACCGUCGUCGUGCCUGCCUACAAUGAAGAGCAAAGGAUGAGUGGUAUGCUCGAGGAGGCUGUCGAGUACCUACAAUCCACCUUUCCGCAAUCGCAAUCUACUACAAGUGAUAAGCCCAAAGGCUGGGAGAUUCUUGUCGUGAACGACGGCUCUACCGACAAGACCAUCGACACAGCUCUGUCCUUUGCUCGCGACCAUCAGCUUUCCACACAUCCUCACACUCCAGCUGGCCCAUGGUCCUCCAAUGACGGCCCUAAGACACGGUCCAAGUCUGCUCCCAAAGUCGAAACAGUGCCCACCACCAUUCCCCACGGCAGCAUUCGCGUCAUAUCGUUGGAAGAGAACAGAGGAAAAGGAGGAGCCGUCACUCAUGGCAUGCGUCAUGCAAGAGGAGCUUACGUUAUUUUCGCUGAUGCCGACGGUGCCUCUCGCUUCUCUGACCUGGGCAAGCUGAUGGAGAAUUGCGAUCGUGUCGCUGAUGUAAAGGGUAGAGCUGUUGGUGUUGGAAGCCGAGCACACAUGGUUGGUAGUGAAGCUGUCGUAAAGCGCUCUUUCUUGCGAAAUGCUCUUAUGCACUCUUUCCAUCUUCUGCUCCGCCUUCUCACUCCUCCAGCCACAUCAUCAAUCAAGGAUACUCAAUGCGGCUUCAAGCUUUUCACACGCCCUGCCCUCCCAUAUAUUAUUCCAUACAUGCAUAGCGAGGGCUGGAUUUUCGAUGUCGAGAUGCUCAUGCUUGCAGAGAGUGCUGGGAUUCCCAUGGCCGAGGUAGCUAUUGGCUGGAAAGAAGUCGGAGGCAGCAAGCUAAAUGUUGUCUGGGACUCUUUAGGUAUGGCAUGGGGACUGGCUGUUUUGAGAGCUGCAUGGAUGGUGGGCGUCUACCGGAGAGAUAUCUAA